UGCUCAGUUUCGAGUAUUGCUGGCAGCAAAUCACAACCGUUCGUGCGCUAAAAGGCGAAGAUCUCUCGAUUGCGACUCAUUCUAUCAGUUAGUCUUUGGCCAAGUAGAUUACAAUUAUAGUUAUACGUUCUCGUAUUUUCGCUCUCUCUAUUUUGCUGAAGCUAGGAAAUAUUGCUAAUGGUAUGGUUUGUAACAUGUGCAAGCAAUCGUGGAAUUUACAGCGGUUCCAUGUAAUCGUUUUGGUGAUUGUGUUGAGUGUUAUUAAUCUUGCCAAUUGUCAAGAAACAAAACAAAAAUGUGCCUUAAAUGGAGAAUAUUGCCUUACACAUGUGGACUGUUGUUCGGGAAGUUGCUUGAGUUUCUCCUAUAAGUGUGUACCAGUACCGCCUAGUGCUUCGUUCGGUUCAACUUCAGUACCGAUACUCUCAACUCCUUUCGAUUCUGGAAAUCGAUUUGGUGAAUCCGGGGUCGAUGGAGGGGCUUCUUUAACACAAAAAACGUGCGCUUUGGAUGGAGAAUAUUGCCUUACUCAUGCGGAAUGUUGCUCAUCCAAUUGCCUUACAUUCUCCUAUAAAUGUGUGCCUCUUAAUCCACCAAGAACGUCGACUGCAACAGUUUUACAUCAGUCAAGUACGACAGUUGAUCUUCAGAAUAGAGUCAGUGUAGAGGAUCAGAGAACUUCGUCCACCACUACGAACAAAUUAUUGACGACUCAAAAAAAGUGUUCUGACAUAGGAGAAUACUGCCUAACUCCGAAUGAUUGUUGUUCAGGAAGCUGUUUAAGUUUCUCGUACAAAUGUGUUACAAAUCAUAACCAGCAAAUAAAGGGGCCAGCAAAUCAACAACCGACCGAAAACAUUGCAAACCGUUUUGGUGCAUCUGGCGGCACCAGUGCAUCUACUUGCGCUGCAGUUGGAGAAUACUGCUUGACUUCAUCAGAUUGUUGCUCGAAAAGUUGCCUCAGUUUUGCUUAUAAAUGCGUUAAUAGAUACAACCUUAUGUCUGCAGUGGGUGAGCAAGGAUCGACAAUCUCCACGGCAAAUCGUUUUGGGGGUUCUAAAGAACCUGUUAAUUCAAAUAACGCUAGCAAAUGUACCACAAAUGGGCUAUACUGUUUUCACAACCAAGAAUGCUGCUCAGGGGCAUGUUUUAAAUCCAUCUGUUCUACUGAGAUACGCAUUGGUGUACCAGAAUCUGAAUUAACUCGCCCAUCAGCAGCAAAUGGUCCAUAUAUACCAGUGCGGGACUUGGAUGAUCUCAUCACACGAUUCGGUAACUCAACUACUACAACAAAACAAAUAUCAAAUCGCCAACUUCAACUACAGCAAUGCAAAGUUGUUGGAGAUAGCUGUAACCUACACGGAGAUUGUUGUUCAAACAAGUGCCACUCUUAUCGACGGAAGUGUGUUAAUUGAAAAGCUUUUCCUUCGUCUGUAAAUAUCGCCCGUAAUUUUAUGCAUACAAACAACAGAAUAAAAUUGAUUCAGCCAAAACAUCAAGUUGUCCGGUAUUGAAUCGUUCGAAAUUCCAUACCAAUGCAAAUGCAAUAAACGAUCGUAACACGAAAGAACUUAUUUGGUUAUAGGUGACAUUAUUAAAUAAUAGAUUUAACGAUUGGCAAACAAAGAACAAACAUAUAUUGUUACUGGGCGACCACACGGGCUGUAAAUCGGAGCGUAAGAAUGUCAGGUGGUUUACGCUUCGUGUGGCAGAAAAAAGAAGAAGACAUAAGACCGAAAUGUCAAACGUGUUACAUUCGGGUUUUUGGUCCGAGAAAACAGAAAUAGAAGAGAAAUAAAUUGAUUUCUGAAUA